UGGUAAGAAUUAAGGAAUGUCACGGUUAAUUAACAGAAUUAAACCCAAGAGGCAAAGACCACGCCGUUAGAUAGGUUGAUUCACAAACGGCACCACCGGAGAUUAUAUCACCGACCGUCAUUAUCGAAGCUACCAGUAAGAAAAAGUAGGCGGUCUUGACAUGCCGGAUUCUGGAAGUAAUAAGGCCAAAGGGCGGAACCUCCCUUCAUGGAUGAGCUCAAGGGACGCUGAUAACGAGCCUGACCGCAAUAAACCGGCUGGUGACAAAGAUAAACGGAAUUCCAGCCAAACAACAACGUCCCCUGAAUCAAGUAUUGGUGCUAAAAGAUCUUCCAAACCACUGGAAGGGGUUGUAUUUGCACUCUCAGGGUUUGUUAACCCUGAGCGCAGCACAUUACGCUCUCAAGCAUUGGAAAUGGGAGCUGAGUAUCAAGCUGAUUGGAAUGCCAAUUGCACACUGCUAGUUUGUGCGUUUCAAAAUACCCCAAAAUUUCGACAAGUUGAGGCUGAUAAUGGAACUAUAGUAUCGAAGGGUUGGAUAACUGAGUGUUAUAGCCAAAAACAGCUAGUUGGCAUUGAACCUUACCUUUUAAAUGUCGGCAAACCGUGGAAGCAUCAAAGUAGCUCUACAGGACCAAGCCAAGAUCCAAAACCAAACAACUCUUAUAAGCAAGUGGAUAAGGCUGCAGGUUCAAAAUCGAGAGCUUCUUCCUCAAGCAAGCCGACAACGCAUAAGCUUGCUAAAAAAGAAUUUUCAACUCCUGAAGUGAAGAAAUGGGCGAUUGAUGACAUGAAGAGCACCAUAUCAUGGUUGAACAGUCAAGAUGAAAAGCCAGAUCCAGGCGAGAUAAAGAAGAUAGCAGCCGAAGGAAUCCUGACGUGUUUGCAGGAUGCCAUAGAUUCUCUCAAGGAGGGGAAGGGCAUGGAGAAAAUAAUCGAGGAGUGGAGUUUUGUUCCACGAGUCGUUGAUGAGCUCAACAAGCUUGACAGAGAUGCAGAUGGUCCGGCUACCACAUCUAAAAAAGAUAUUUAUCACCAAGCUAUCGUCUGUAAACGUAUUUACGAAUUUGAGCUUGGCAAUUUUGAAGAUGAUAUAACGGAUAAGAAUAAAAGACAGAAGAUUGAUGAAAGAGGUGUAGAAACAAAAGAUUACGACAGUGAUGAUACAAUUGAGAUGACAGAAGAUGAAGUUAGGGAAGCAUUUGAUAAUGUUGAAUCUAGCAUUGUAAAUGAUAAUCAAUUAGCUCAUAGAUGAUAGAUCCAAGUUUAAUUUUCUACUGCUAUUUUCAUCGUUUUAUGAGGAGUAACUUUGUAUCACCCUUGAAUUUGAAUAAAAAAGAAGGUUGGUUUUGAGUUU